GCUCGCGCAUGCAUGCCUAAAUGCGCGCAUGCUCGGAGCACCAUCUUGUAAGCACAAUGCUUGCCACUUUCCGAGUGAAAGCCCGGACUUUAUCGGUGCGACGGUGAUCCGGCCACUUUAAAUGACGGCCACAUCUGCGUUUAUGCAGAGUAGACCUGGUUCAUGCAUAAGAACAUUUCUGCCUUUUAGUCUUUCGAACCGAGGACCUGUGUUUGAUGCAAUGAUGGCAUCAGCCCAAGGUGAGCCCGGGUCCUGAGAUGUUUUGCACCAAGUCCGUCGUCGAUGAGACGGUGCAGGUCUGAAGAACAGGGCAGCUCUCUGUAAACACAUGGCAGACUUGUGGAGGAGAAUAAGGCCAGUCGGAAAAGGAUGUUUAAAAAAAAAAAGUCUCAUCCAUCUGCAAGAUGUAGAGCAGAACACACAAAGGAAACAGGCAGCUGCUAGUGGAGUAUGGGUACAACUGCCAGCGCUGCACCCCCAACCGCACCUGAGAGUUUCCACGGUAACGGGAUGAUGGACAGCAGACAGUCAAUAAGCUCCACCUCCUUCCAGGCGGUCAGCCUUCACAACAGCAAAGCCAAGUCCAUUAUCACCAAUAAAGUGGCCCCAGUCGUUAUAACGUAUAACUGCAGGCAGGAGUUUCAGAUUCACGAUGACCUCCCCAGGACUCACUACAAAAUGGGCCGGAUCUCUGACUCCAUGCCUGAGCACCUCCUGGUUCAGGGCUCGUACUUCAUGGUCCUGGAUGUGUUCAGCAAGGCGGACGUGCUCAACACGACGUGUUCGUGCGGCGCCCCUAACUUCCGACAGAGUACAGGCAGCUACCCAGUGUUCGGCAUGGGUCAGCCCAGCCUGGCUGGUUUCAAACAGGUCCUGCAGACGCUACAGCGCCAAGGCAACAAGGAGGUGAUUGUCUUCUGUCUGAGGGAGGAACCGUUGCUGUUCCUCCGUCUGGGGGAUGACUUUAUUCCUUACAGUCCCAGGCGGUUGGAGAACCUCCAUGAGCAGGUGCACGGCCUGAGUGGGGCGCCUCCCGUGGAGACGCUGGAACUCAGCAUGAGGAGAGAGAUCCACGACUUCGCCAGGCUGAACCAGAACGUUUUCUACGUCUACAACGACAUCGAGCAUUUUAAAGACGAACCCCACACCAUCUCCAUCUCUAGUGAGGAGGACAUCCACGUGACCGAGGAGGUGUACAAGAGACCACUCUUCACCAUGCCUGCGUACAGCUAUCACAGACUGCCCCUGCCUCUAGAGGGCGCCCCAGCGGAAGAGCAGUUUGAUGCCUUUGUCAGGAUAUUGCGGGAGACAUCCUGUCUCUCGCUGAAUCGGGACGUGGCCCGGCCUCUUCCUGCGCUGCUAUUCAGCUGCCACGUGGGCGUGGGUCGCACCAACGUUGGCAUGAUCCUGGGCACACUGGUGAUGCAGCACAUGAUGGGGGCACCACCUCCUCCACCCCAGUCCCCUCCACCUGCCUCGCCCACGGAGACUCAAGUUACCGAGGUAGUGGAGUCUGAGCAGAAGGCCCAGUUCCAGGUCCUCCAGAUGCUCAUCGACAAAUUGCCUAAAGGUCAGCGUGUCAUGCAGGAGGUCGACCAGGCCAUCGAGCUCUGCUCCGAAAUGCACAACAUCAAACAGGCCAUUUAUGAGAACAAAAAGGAACUGGAGACUAUCGGAGAGGAAGACCAGUCUCAGGGCAGCUGUAGUAAAGCGUAUUUCCUCCAGAGGGCGCUGCAGGGCUUGGAGCAGUACAUCUACCUGAUACUCUUCAAUGCCUACCUGCACGAUCAGUAUCCACUGGCGUUUGCCCGGAACUUCAGCCAAUGGAUGUGUGCCAAUGCCUGGGUGUACCGCCUCCUGGCCUGCAUGAACCAAUCAGAGCUCACAGCGCCUGCUGACCUUGUGACUAAAGGAGCCAGAGUGCUGGUGUCUGAUGCCCACAAUGCCCCUGAUGUUCUUAGCACCCUUAAGGAGGUGAAGGUUGCUAAUUUCAGGCGCGUGCCCAAGAUGCCAAUCUAUGGGAUGGCACAGCCUACGUCUGAGGCAAUAGAGGUGGUGUUGGCCUAUCUGAAGGAUGAGCGGCGGAAGCACAAGUGUGUGUUGUGGGUGAACCUGCGGGCGGAGGUGGUGUUGGAGGCAGAGGGUCAGAUGUUCUCCAUCAGGGAGGCGUCCUGCCCGGACCAGCCUGUCUCGCUCUACAGCGCGCGGACGCAGGACAUCCAGAACCUGGAGACAGCUCUGAAGCAGGAGCUGGCACGUGCUCCGGCGUGUUUGGAGGUGAGGUUAAACAAGGAUAAACAGGCCAAAGUGUUUCAGCACUUCCAGACCCUGCAGGACAUCUUCAGCCAAAAGAGCAUCUGCCAGCCGGGCCUGAACUACCACCGCAUACCGCUAGCAGACCGCGCCGGGCCCAGAGAGACGGACUUUGACCAACUGCUGGAGGCGAUGAAGCAUGUACAGGCUGAAGAUUCUCAGGCUGCUUUUGUGUUUAAUUGUGCAAGUGGGAAGGCCAGUACCACCACGGCCAUGACCAUUGCGGCUCUGAGCUGGUGGCACUUCACUGGUUUUCCUGAGUUCGGAGAGGAGGAGAUUGUCAGCGUCCCUGAUGCCAAAUAUACAAAGGGAGAAUUUGAGGUGGUCAUGAAGUUGGUCAGGCUUCUCCCUGAUGGCCAUCAGAUGAAGCGAGAGGUGGAUGCUGCGCUGGACUCUGUCAGCGAGACCAUGACGCCUAUGCACUACCACCUCCGUGAGAUUAUCAUCUCCACCUGCAGACAGGUUAAGAGCAGUAAGACUGAACAGGAGUCCCGCGCUCUGUUGUUGAGGAGUCUGCAGUAUCUGGAGCGCUACAUCUACCUGAUCCUGUUCAACACCUACCUGCACCUUGAGAAGACCAGCUCCUGGACCCGCCCCUUCAGUGUCUGGAUGCAGGAGGUGGCUGCGCGGGCCGGCAUUUACGACCUGCUGAACCAGCUGGAAUUCUCCGAGUUUGAAAACCUGAAAGACUCUUCUCUGGCGCGUCUCCGUACCCGUUGGCAGGAGCAGAACAGAUCGAGCGCCCCCUUCAGAGGAGAGCUGAUCUGACCCCGGGGGGCAAGGGUCAGCCUUGGGCAGCGCGGAACCUGAGAACGAACAAACAACCCAUAAUCUGAUGGCUCGGAGUGUUUGUUAGGAAAUCGGUUUAAUUUGAAUUCUCAUUGUUUUGUAUUUUUUAUUCCUUUCUAUGUGCGCAUGGUUUUCUUUCUUUGCCGUAGCGUGUGUAGAUGGCUUUAACUGGGCAGUUUCAUGAGACUUAUGGAGGGAUCAGAGGGGUCAAGGACUCGUUAACCGCAGACUUGCACGACCCCACCAUGCAGGGACACAUGCUGGCAACAGGAUGCAGAACCAGUUGUUAACAGUCCCCGGGCAAUAAAGUACCAGGAUUGCGUGAAAGGUUUUGGACUCCGUCACAACAAUGUCCGAGUUCUUGGAUGUCGGACCGGAAUGUCAGAUGUUUCUCGGUCUGCUGUCUCACGUGCAGGUUGGAUCAUUGAAUAAAGCAUAUGCAUCAUUUCCGUGUCCAGUUCUAGAUCCAGUUUGGACAGUGUGUUGAUUCCAGUUCCUUGCACACGUUUGCUUUUUAAUCCGUGUAAUUAUUUCUGGAGAUCAGAUUUUUGGAAGGAACCACUUUUGUGUGUUAUUUUGUAAAAGUGAAGCAUACAGUAUUUUCUGAUGAGAGGUUUUGCACUUCCAAUUAAAUGAGGUUUUCCUAACUGCAAACGCCAA